GCGGCCCUCUCCUCGCACCCCGCCCCAGGCGCAGCGCGGCGGCUCGGUGCCCGGCGGGCGGGCGGGCGACCGGGGCGCUGCGGGCGGAGAUGAGCGCUAGGGCUGCGCGGGCCGGGCGCGGGCGCCCCGCGCGUCCCGGGAGCUGGAGCUGCGUGUGGCCCUGGCGGAGCCAAGAAGGUCCUGUUCCUUAAGCAAUUGGUCAGAAACCCAGUGAGGGGCUCCAGGUCCCCAGGCUCCACACAGGACAAUGAGUAUAGGCUUCCCUGAGCCCCGCCAGGGGGUGAGGAUGGCCACCCAGCCCAUUACCCGGGCUCCUCCGCCAACCACGGCAUCCUCCUAGCACUCGGGACGGUGGGGCCAUGCCAGGAGAGCGGCCCCCAACUCUGCCCAGAGACUUGCAGCCCUGCCAAGUUGCCAGCAGCCUAGGGGGGCCCUCUCAGCACCCUCUCAAGGACCACAGCUCUGCCAGCAGGACCACGCAGGGCAUGAGAGAUGAAGGCAACAAGGCCCAGGCCCAAGGUUCCCCUGAAGCCCAGCUGAGUCAGGCGAAAGAGGUGAAGCCAGAGGACCUGCUACUGAGAAGGGAGGCCCCAGCGGGACAGAGCUGUGUACAAGCUUACUCAUGGCUGGCCAGCAGGAUGGAGAGCAGUCACCCACAGCUGCACAACCUAAGCACUUCGAGGAUCAGAUGCAUCCUGGGUGAGCCACCUAAGGACCUACAACAUGAAGCCCCCCAAGUGUCAGAGACCAAGGCUCCUCGGCUUCAAAAGACCAGAGCCCACUGCAGACCCAGCAUUCCAAGGGGCGAGGCCCUGCCUUCCCCAGAAGAGAAUGGCUCCCAAAGGUGCUUUCAGGAGGCCCCUUCCAGCUUUACCUCCACCAACUGUACCUCACCAAGUGCCACCCCUGGGACCUUGCCACAGAGGACCCCCCAGAGCAGUGGCACCAGCCCCCAUAGGCCUGCUUCUGGCCCUAACGUCCAGGCCAUUGGGACCAACCCCUGGCCUCCUGCUGCUGAAAACAGCUUCCCAGGUGCUAAUUUUGGGGUCCCCUCUGGAGAGCCCAAGCCCUUCCCUGAAGGUAGCAAGCCUAGCAGCCCCCAGGGGGUCUCUGUCCGCUACCCCUUCCCUGUAGAAACAGCCCAACAUGAGCAAGCAGCUAGGACAGUGUUGUAUACCUUCCACCAGCCCCUGGUAGCAUGGUCUGAGGAGGCCCUGGGUACAAACCCUGCCUACCCAUCCCUGCCCUGCAACCCAGGCCAGUCUGGGGGAGCCAGCACUCCCAGUGAUCUUGGAAGUGCUCUCUCCCCUCCUGGAGCUGCUCACUUGGUCCCAAGCCCCUUCCAUGACAGUUUGCACAAGAGCCUGACCAAAGGCCUUCCUGAAGGCCCCCCUCCUAUUCAUGAUGGACUGGGAAACCCCAGGGGUCCCCCAAACCCUCCACCUCAGAGGCACUUUCCAGGGCAGGGGUAUGGAGCUAAUGGGACAGGUACCAGCCCAGUGCCUCUGGACACAGAACUGCCCACCCCUGGGCCACCACCCACCCAUCUGCCCCAGCUGUGGGAUUCCUCAGCAGCUUCUUACCCCAGAUCCACCCUGGGUCCUGAAGUUGCUGCCAGAACGGCCUUCUUCGAAGACCAGCAGCUCUGCCUUACACAGAGUCCCUCCCUGCCCUGGUCUCCCGUGCUUACGGAUCCUAGGCCAAGUUCCCACCAAAUGGGGUUACUGAGCCAACUGGCAUUCCCUGGGGGGACUUCUGAGUGGCAGGGGGACAACCAGGGGGGCCUGAAUGCUUUAAAUACAAUCUCCAGACCUGGAGAGACACCGUCAGCUCUCAAGAGCAGCCCAGGCCAGCCAAGCAGUUCCCCGCAGCUGCUAGUCUAUGGUGGGCUGAAGGACCCUGGGACCCAGUCCCUGUUCUUUGGGGGAACCCAACCCCAGAUGUCACCCCAAGGGGCUCUCAGCCUGCCCCCAGCUAGGGUGAUGGGAGCCUCUCCCAGUGAGUCCCCUCUUCCCUCACCUGCAACCAACACAGCCAGCAGCAGUACCUGUUCAUCCCUGUCACCACCAUCCAGUAGCCCAGCCAACCCCAGCUCUGAGGAUAGCCAGCAACCUGGACCCCUCAGGACCUCAGCCUUCUUCCUGCCUACCACCCACUCCCAGGAGACCAGCAACCCCUUCCCUUCCCCAGAGCCCUCACACACUCUCCCCACAUGCUACCAGUCAGAGUCGGCCAAAGCCUUCCCUCUCCCUACAGAGGGGCCAGGAACUGAGGAUGCCUUCAAGAGCCUGGAGGGAGUCCCAUUCCCCCACAAGAGCCCCUCAUUGGGCAGAGACAGUUUGCAGGGCUUUCCCCCAGAGCCACAGGCAUACUCUGCCCAGCACUUCUCCCUGAGCAGCGCCAGCCUGGACCAGCUAGAUGUACUGCUAACCUGCAGACAGUGUGAUCGCAACUAUAGCAGCCUAGGAGCCUUCCUGGAACACAGGCCAUUCUGCAGCCUGCUGCUAGCCAAGGCCAAGGAUGGCUCCCUGCAGCCCCCAGGUCUCCCUGCACCCACUGCCACCUCAAAGGCAGCCACUGAUGCACACUCAGGCUUGCCUGAACACAACCAGGCUGCCCCCUUCCUGCUAACCAGAGAUGAUCAGGGGGACAGUAAAGAUGACUCCCUGAGAACAAGCUUUCUGCCUGCCGGCCUGGCUGUCACCCCCUUCCCACUCCCUACCUCGGAUCUUGACAUGGAAGAUGAUGCCAAGCUGGACAGGCUCAUCACCGAGGCACUCAAUGGCAUGGAGUACCAAUCAGACAACCCUGAGAUAGACAGCAGCUUCAUUGAUGUCUUUGCUGAUGAGGAACCUUCAGGCUCCAGGGGGCCCAGUGCUGGGCAGUCCCUCAACACCCAGGUGGGCACAACUCCCAAGAAUGGUACCCAGCCCCAGCUUCCAUCCAGAGUUGUCAUGCCAGAACCCCAAGUGCCCUCCACUGGAGACAGAGGUUGCCCAGCCCGAAACAGGCCCAAAACCCGCUCCCUAGGCUUGGCAUCUGCAGAAGCAGAUACAACCACCCUGGUCAGGCAGCAGAGGAGAGGGAAGCAAUUCAAGUUGUUUCGGAAAGAGCCAGGUGUGACCAAGGACACUAACAACCCUGCCAGAGCCAUCUGCCUAAGGCCAAGGAAGAAAGGUAACAGUGCUGAGCGGUCCCGGCCCCAGAACCGUAGAAGUCGGGCUCGCAAGGGCCAUGCUCAUGCAGACCACAGCAUCCCCAGAGCCACCUCUAAAGAGACCAGGAGCUCCAAGCACCUGCAACUGCCCUCUGGGAAGGACCCCAGAAAAAGGAGGGGGCGAGGUGGCUCCUGGAGCAAGGAGCUCAUCCACAAGAUAGUACAGCAGAAAAACAGGUGCCACAGGCGGCAGGCACCAAGUGGCCAGGUCUCCCAUGCUUCUCUGUUGCCUGCAAGACCACCUAGCACCCAGAAGGGUAGACUCAAGGGGCAAGGCUGUGCCUCCGAAUCUGAGAAGGGCGGUGUGCAGCAGCGGGAUUCAGGGGGUCCUGUCCAAGACUGUUCCCGCCACAGCUGCCAACGGUGGCGCCAAGGCAAGAAGAGAAAGAAAGAAGAUUUGGCCCAGGACCCAAGAAAGGUCAUGAAGCAGGAGGCUGGUGAAAACAGAGGCUUCCUGACUCCAAAGAGGACACACAGCCUGUUGCAGAGCUUGGAUGCUGGAGAAGUUCCUGUGGAAAGAGGCCCUGAGCAUACUGAUCACCCCACAGUAGCCCCAGAACAUCCUCCACAGGUCCUCACCACCACCAAGACCCAAGAGGAAGCAGCCCUGAGCUUUCCCCAGGAGGUCAAGGAGCCCGAAGCUGUUGCUGAGUUACACCCUGACAUCACAGAACUCAAAGAGAGGUCUGGUUGUCCAGCUAGCUGCGGUGGAGAAGGCCCCAGACCUGCUGCUCCAGUGCCAGCACAGGUUGGCAGCCCCAGGCCAUUGGGAAGCCACCCUGAAACACUAUCAGGAAAAAGCAUGCCCGCAACAGAUGCAGGCUGUCUGCUGGGUACUCCUGAAUGCAUUAAGCCCCCCAGUUUGCAUACCAGAGAGGACUCCUCUGUUCCCCAGCCUGGAGGGUGCCUGGCACCCAUUGAUAAGGUACCAGAUGCUUUCUACACUGAAUCUGGAAUCCUGGUUUUCAAGAACUCUGGUUCUGGUUGUGAACCUGACCACUGUGACAGAAACUCUAUAGGGUGUCCAACUGCCAAAAGAGGUCCCCUGCCUAACAGUGAUACCCCCUGUGAAUUGUUCCUUGUAUCCAAGGACCUAGCUAACUGUUUCCCUGAAGAUUCAUGCUCCAAGCCUUUAGCUAGGGACACAGUGCCUGCCAGCAGCUGCUACCUUGGCCAGGAUAGUAUGGAGAAUCUUGAGUCAACACCACCAAAGAAUUCACCCUACCCAGUUGAAACAGACCCAGGCAAGGUGCAUUCACCACUGACCUUGGAAUCCACAUCCCUGUUUGCAGAGCUGCCUGAGGAUGGAUUUGACCCACCACUGUAUGAGAGCUUAUCUGCAAACAGGGUCACCCAUGCACCACUGGUGUGUACUGAUCCUCUCCCUAAGAAACCUCUGACAGAUCCCCUGUAUCCACCAUUCUUGCUGCUGGAAGAAGCUUCUCCGGUGCUUCCUGGCCCCUUUCCUGGUCUCUCCCAGGGAAAAGCACCCAGCAAGAAGUGUCCCUUUGAACAGAUGGUACCUCCCAGCUCUCCUCCUGUGUCUGAAAAGGGAAGUGACUGUAGUGUUACCCUUAUGAGCAAUCUAUGUGAAGAUGAACUAGAGAUCAAAAGAUUGGUAACUGAAUUAGAAAGCCAACUGCAAGGGAAAGGGAGUACACAGGGGGCCUUGGGAGAGCCCCAGGAAGUUGCAAAUGAAGGCAGAAUGGAUGCAAGUCCAAGGCAGGCCUCCCUGCUGCCUACACCUCAGGCCACCUCACCUCACGGAGACAUCCUCUCAGCAGCCAACCCCACAGGCCUGGAGGGAUCAAGUUCACAGCAGGAAGGGGCCCUCAGGAACCCCCAAAAACAAUGGUCCCACCUAGCCUCUUGCCACACAGGCAAAGCAGCACCUCCUGCAGGUGCCCAGGAAGACCCUGGUUCCGGGACUCCUCUCAGUCCUGCAGGUUUCUGCCUCAGUUUUGGGCAGCUGCAGGAGGCCAGCAUCUCCAGCACAGACUGUCAGGUCCCUGUAAGUGACCGUUUACCUGACUCCAACAAGCAACAGGCACCCUUGCUCCACGCUGAGAGUUCAGUCAAAUACAGCCCAAGCUCUGAGCUUUUGUUUCCUAAAACUAAUGAAGCUUCUGUAACACAGGAGAAUGCCCCAUUGCUGCUUCCUGAUAAACAUACAAGAGGGCAUUCUCCAGACCCUUGUGAGGCCCAGGAGCCCUGCCCGAGUUCCUCUGCACUAGAAGGGUUCAACAGCCCCAGUGCCUAUCUGGACCUAGAGCCCAACUUGAUGCUUAAGGGUGAUGAGGGUGUCACCUCCCCUCCAAGUGUUAGUCCCAGCCAUGACUCUAAGGGACACCUCGAUGGCCAAGCAGGAAGUCCCAUGGGAACUAUGCUUACCACUCCCACUGCAAAGGACCCUGACUUUAAGGGUGAGUCUGUCCUUGCAGGGGCCUCUCCACUAUCCACCCUCCAGAGUGGCAAGGCUUGGUCCCAUCCCAUGCCAGACCCUUCCUGGGUGACUUGUGCUCCCCAGGAACCAGCCUGCAACUCCUUUCCUCUGCUCCAGGUCCUGGAUGCUAGAGCCGAGAGUGAAGACAAUACCCAGGGCUUUCAGCCUGGGGACCCCUCAGAGACCAGUGUAAAUGGGGGCUCCUCGGAGGCUGUAAAGAUGUCAGCUCUAACUACAGACAUCCAAAAGCAGCUGGGAUCCAAGGCAGAUGGACAUCUGGGUGCACCAGGUCAGUCUAAAAAGACCAAGAGCCGAGGUCACGCUAACAGACUUCGGCCAAAUAACUGGAGGAGCCUGGGGAACCCAGACACACGCACCAAGGUCAGGACCCAUUUGGAAGGUAGGCCGGUCAGGAGCAGAGGGGCACAUCAUCAGGCGAACAGAGCAGCCCGGGGCUAUAGGAAACAAGCACUGCCCUGCACAAGUCCCACCCACCCUGGUGGCACAUCCUCCAUUUCCAUCCUGACAGCAUUCCCUCUCCAGAUGGAGCCUGCAGAGAGAAGCCCAGAGAAGGCAGCCAGCCCACAACUGCUGUUUAGCCGGGCGAGCCCAGCUCCCUCCAGUAGGGGUCUGGGCACUUGUGUCCUCUCAGCCACCUCCCCAGCCACACCUACUCCCAAUGACCUUGAGCCCCUGCCCCAGGAAGACUCUGGGGCCAGAGUCAAGACUGCUGGGAUACCAGCACCUUCCUCCUACAGAGACCUACCCAUGCCCUGCCAUCAGCCACCCUGUGCUGUCUUGGCACCUCUGGGAAUGGCUAGUUGUGGCCAAGCCACCAAAGAUGCUGGGUCCCUAACAACCCCUACAUCACUGAUAACAAGUCACUGUGGCUCUGAAGAGACUUUAUCCCACCAUUCGCUCCUGGGGACCAGCAGUCCCAAAGACCCUCUCUCGGGCCCACUUGGCCCCACCUGUUUCUCAGACCCUGUAAUACUUGACAGGGACAGCCCCAAAGGCAUCACAGUAAGAACAUUAGAAGAUUCUGGGAAAGAGGAGCUGAGGACAUCUCCUGCCCAUGCCACUGCUCCUCCUCCAGGGGGUCCCAGCUCCCCCAAAAUAACCAUCAAAGCCGGCCCUCUGACUGGCAUUCCCACCAAAGAUGACCUAGGUUUGGAUGAGAGACUUGAGAUGCCAGACCCCCACCGCAUGGUAGUUCCACCCCUCAGCAGCCCAGAAAGGACAUACUGCAAGGACCCUUCCUUAAGGCCCCAGAGCAGCACACCCUGCCCUGGCCACAGGGAAAGCCACAGCAUCAUAGCUGUGCCCACAGACUUUUCCACACUGGGGACUACAGAACCAGACCCUCAGAUCUGCCAGGAUGAGGCAGCAACCAGUAUGGAGGAGCAGGACAACCCAGAAACACUUGGGGCAAGACACCGUAAUGUGCCAAAGGUACCCAGAACCAACAAGCAAGGCGUGCCCACAGGGCUCCGCUUGGCUCUAGCAGCCUCUCUGAGCUGCACAGCCACUGGCUUUAGGUCUGAGUCCCCUCAACAUCAUAUCAGUAUCUCUCAUCAUUCUCCCCAGAAGGACCCUUUCAGCCCUCAAGAGUCUAAACGGAGGCCCCGAGGCUUGACAAAAAAGCCAGAGCCGACAGAGAAGACCCUAGCCGGGCCACUCAUAACCUGCGAACUCUGCUCAGCCUCUUUCCUCUCCAGAGCAGGCCUAAGCAGGCACAAAGCCAGGAAGCACCGGCCACACAGGGAGGCUAGCUCCCAGCUGAGCCCCAUGAUCCUGUCAGCUUGCCAACCUCCAGAUUCCAUGAUCCAAGCGUGCCAGACACCUGGGAAGAAAAGCUGUAAGGUGCUUGGGAAAGGGAGACCAAGUCACUCACCCCCAGGCCCUGGCCACUCUUCUGGGCCACCUCCCCUCCAGGCCUCUACACCACCAGAGGACACCAUGGGUCCUGAGAUGUUGAAGGUGACUAGUGAGAAAUCUGAGGGACCCAAGGCACCAAACAAUCCUCUCAACCAGCAACCACACAGCCCAGGCCUGAUACAGCAGAAAAAGGAUACAAAGGUUCCGACCUCAAAGCCAAGAAGACUGGAUGGGUGGCAAGCAGAACAGCUCCACCCCAACCAGGGAGAAAUGGGGAGCCAGAGACCAGAUGGAGAGCCAGCUGAUUCCCCCAGCCACUCAGAGAGGAAGUCAGACAGGAAAGGGGGGACGCUGAGAGAGAGGAGGGAGAGGCAUGGUCCUGGAGACACUGCCCAUGUGACUUCAGAGAGGGACCUCUCAGACCCACCAGCCACAUAUGACUACCAUCUCAUCCACAUGAACCUCUCGCCUGAGGGAGAAUGCAGGACCUCUCUCGGGCCACCAGAUCUAUCUCCCACAGAAGCACCCAGAACUCUGGAGGAUGCUGCAGACAUGGGCACAGAGGCUCUGUGUACAGAUGAGAUGCCAGCACUCAAGGCCUCCCCAGAGUGGCGAGUCUGCCAAGGGGCGAUAGAAAGGGAACUUUCAGAAGAACAGAAGGCAGCCUGGGCACAGUGGUUCUGGGGACCAGGAAAGGCCAGGGCAUUGGACAUCAGCGGAGAACAGCCACAGGCUGUUGAGAGCCAGCCUGCAGAGGACAGCAGAGGAGCCAAAGGUAGGUCAGACGGAGGCACUGGGAAGGGGACAUCUGACUCCCCUGAUAGCACACACAGUCUUGAAGUGGACAGCACCGUCAGCAGCUGCUCCCGGAGUCCUAUCAGUGACCCAGAAGCCCAGAGUGGAGUUCUGGAGCCCAAGGGCACCACUCCUGAAGCCUCCAGCCCAGGUCCAAGGGAACCUCUGGACUUAUUCGAUGACGAGGUAUCCUUCUCUCAGCUCUUCCCCCUGGAUGGCCGCCUCACUCGGAAGAAGAACCUGCGUGUCUAUGGGAAGCGUUGCAAAAAGCCAGAGCGCCCACCGCCGGAGGAACCCAGCAUGGAGGUGGUAGACAAUGCCCCGCUCUUCUCCACACGCUUGCCCACAGAUCUCAGUGACUCGGGCUCUCUGUGCCUGUCCCGUGAGGAAGAGGACCUGUGGGAUGAUGAAGCCCUGAGUUUGCCUGAGUCCCUCCUCCUAGAUGGGCUCCUAAGCAGUAAGGCACCUGGCCUUGACCCCUGGGCCCCCAGCUUCACCCUGUGGGCCCCAGAAUCCAACAGGGAGGCCAGCUAUAUGGAGGAAGAGCCCUCCUGCUUUACCGAGAACCAGGACGAGUGGUCGGAGGCCAUCCCCCAGCUGCACAUGGUCCCAGCAGCCUGGCGAGACCUGGAACUGUGUAGCCCUGCCUGUGAAACACCCUCUUCCCUUGGAGACAUGAGCCCGGAGCCCCCUAACCUGGAAAGAGAGCAUGAUGUUAGGCUUUCCGGUAAUGCCAGCCUGCCCCCGCUUUACAUUAAAGACUUUGAGGUGCUCAGCACCCAACUAGAGAUACAAGACCUGUGCUUUCUAGGACCCUGUGAUGACCUUGCUGACCUCCCCAGCCCAGGCAUCUUAGACUUCCAGGCCACAGCAAAUUCACAGGGGCCUCCAAACAAAAGGAUAGAGCAAGCUGCCAGGGCCAAAGGAGGCAAAGGCAGAGACCGGCCAGUAAAGGGAAGGCGGGCCUCCUACAAGUGCAGGGUGUGUUUCCAGCGCUUCCACAGCCUGGGUGAGCUGGAUCUACACAAGCUGGCACACAGCCCCUCACCACCCCCUACUUGCUACAUGUGUGUGGAGCGCAGGUUCAGCUCCCGGGAGCUUCUCCGGGAGCACCUGUGGGAGAAGCACGUGCAGGGCAAAGCAGGGCCGUGGGCCUGCGGCAUGUGCCUGAAGGAGGUGGCCGAUGUCUGGAUGUACAACCAGCAUCUGCGGGAGCAUGCAGCCCGCUUUGCCAGAAACGGACAGGCACGGAGAGGCCUGGGAGACCUGCCGGGGUGCUCGGAACGGGAGAGUACUCUCACACACUUCCUGAACAGCAUUGUGGAACAAGCAUCCAAACCCCAGGGGACUGAGCACUCAGGUGUCAAGGCUGGCAGGGAGGCACUGGAGCAAGGAGAAGCAGGGAAGAAAAUCCCAAGGAGAAGGGUGAAGCAAAAGGUGCCCACCACGGUCACUUCCGGCCAAGACGGUGCUUCGCUAUCACUCAGCCCGUCAACGGAAGCAGGCAGCCCGUCCGUUCUGACCACCUGCUCUCUCUCUGCCAAGACGCCCCCAACUCCCUCCCCAGACCCUUGGUCCCACAGUGAGUCCCCGCUCCAAGCGGUCCCAGUGCACGAGGAUUGCAAGGACCCCUCCCGUGACUGCCACCACUGUGGAAAGCAGUUCCCCAAGCCCUUCAAGCUGCAGCGCCACCUGGCGGUGCACAGCCCACAGCGUGUCUACCUGUGUCCCCAGUGCCCACAGGUCUACCCUGAGCACUGGGAGCUGAGGGUACACCUGGGCCUGACCCAUGGAGUGAAAGAGGAGAGGGAACUACCACACAUGCCUCUCUAUGCCUGUGAGCUCUGUGCCAAUGUCAUGCAUGUCAUCAGGAGGUCCUUUGUCUGCAGCUCCUGCAACUACACCUUUGCCAAAAAGGAGCAGUUUGACAGACACAUGGACAAGCACCUGAGGAGUGGCCAGCAGCCCUUCACGCUCCGAAGUGUUAGGAGGCCAGGGGCUCCUGGGAAGAAGACCCAGGUCCCCCAGGAUAUGCUAUCCAGCAAGCGGCAUGGGGUGGUGGUGCCCGCCAGCACCGACAGAGCCCUGUCCACAGGCAGCCCGGCUCCAACUGAGGGCUGCCCCCCUGCUCUACCCCUGAUCCAUUCAGAGACAGCUCCUAGCCCCGUCCUGGACCAACCCAGUUCUCAAGAGAGGCCUGUGGACCAGACAGACCACUCACUCAAGGGGAACAACCCACCGUUGACCGGACAAGCCCUUCCACCUCCGUCUCUGUCUCCUUUCCCGGCCGCCUCAGCUGAAGGUACAGGUGACUGCAAGCUUGACAGAGCCUUGGAGAAAUCAGAAAAUGAGGCUUCCUCGGGCAGCCUUGAGUCAUGCAAGUGGCAAACUCCCCCAGGAGAAAAGAGGUCUCUUCACCUGUUCUCAGGAAAACAUAGGAGCCUGGGUACCGGAGGCAAGUGUGCCCCUGGCUGUUCCCCAGGAGACCCCUCCCAGCUCCAGAAGGAGAGGCUAGUGACCACACACCACAUGGUACCUGAGGGGAAAAUAGAGGUUCCCUCCCAGAAAGGAAGUACCACCAAACCAGGGGCCUGCUUGAGUUUUUCCAAGCACGGAUCAGCAGUGCCCCCCAGCAAAGUGCUGAAGCUGCCAGCACCACCUAGAAAACCUAUAGGGAUGGGGACCCCAGCAUCUGGAGAGCUGGGCCAGAGUCCUGAGGACAGGGUAAAGCCCAACACUUCUAAAGCUAAACUGAGACCCAGUUCUCAGGUCAGUGGAAGUCUACAGCCUGGUACUCAGACAGGAGGUGGCAGCCAACCCCAGCCAACCAGUGGACAGCUCCAAAGUGAGAUGGCCUCCACCCCCAAUGAGCCCAGCUGUCCUAGCUGGGGGAGCUCCACCCCUGACCAGCCCCCACCACAAGUCCACACCAAGGGCAGCAUCAGGGGGGGCAGAGAAGCUGAACAUCAGGGGGUCCAAGUGCAUUCAAGUCCCAGGGAGAAAAGAGAAAACAGUGAAAAAAAGAGAAAGGCCCUGGGACUGGCUAGGCAUGGAAGCAUGGGGAGCAUGGGGAGGGUCCCCCUAGCCCCUGACAAGUCAUCUAGGGCCCCUCGAAAGCAAGCAACUCCCAGCCGAGUUCCCCCUGUCAAGUCCAGACCCAGUAACCAGAGUGGCAGGACAAGGCCACAGCCAUCAGCACAGAAGAAAGGGGACCUGGGCCACACUUCCGAAAAGGGCUCCUUCCCCCAGGCAAGACCCCUGUCCAGGCCAUAUAAAAGGAUCAGAGCUGUCUAUGGUGUUGAACACAUGGAGCCCCGAGACCACCGGACUGCAGAGGCCCAGAGCGACCUCCUCAGCCAGUUGUUUGGACAGAAACUGACCAGCUUCAAAAUCCCUCUAAAGAAAGACAAUUCCCAGUAACCCACAAGAGAGGGUGCCUGGGGGCCAGUUGAUAGACUCCUGUCUGGCCUUCAGAGUUCCAGGCAGCUCGGUUUGAGACCACUCUUCUGUUCCUCUGCGCCUGGCUUCCCACAGACUAUCCAGCAGAUUAGAGGACUGAGUGUGUUCCUGGAAGCAGGGCUCUGGGCUGGAAGACUGGGGUUGAGGGAAGGGCCAGCCUGAACCCCCCUGAAAUCGUUCACCUUCCUUGGCACUAAGUCCUUAGAGAAAACAGUUCACAUUCCAUCACUGCCACCAUGCCCUGGUGCCGGGUGCCUCGUGCUGUAAAACUUGUGUUUAAAGGUUUGCACAGGGUCCCCCAUCUCCUAGCAGGCCAGCACAUCAAGACAGUCAGCCUGACAGUAGCAGCUGCCUCGUCUUGCUGCUGUUGCUAAGAUUCCAAAAUGACCUUAGAAGUCACAUGGGAGAGGACCAUGCUCUCUACUUGGGCCAUUUCUGAGCCAUCUGGUCCUUGAGAGCACGACAGGACCAUCCCCCUCCCCCCACCACCACAAAGUCAUGCUGGCCUCCAACUGUACUGCUGAUGUUCCCAGCACCUUGCCCGCAGGGACUGGGUUCCUAUAGGAAUGCAGAGAAAGACGCACCUUGGCCAGUGCCCAAUGGAUCCCUCAGCCCUAUGGCCCAUUCCUAGUGCCUUCCUCCCCCAUGGGGCUCUGUCUUUAGGCCCCAGAAAGCCUGAUCCAAAGGUUCUGGUGCUAUUCCCACGCUGUAAUGUGAAUACAGGCUCCCUGGUCUUAUUUGAACCAUGGGAUAAUUAGAUUGGGGAGACCUAGCCAGGGAGGCUAUAGCCCAGGCCUUGAGCCUCACAGGUCUCCCCAGUUGAGUUCCAGUCCCAGGGUCCUAGCAGUGAAGGGACCCUCAAGGCUGGGCUGUGGGUGUGGUUUGUCCACUGGCAUGACUGCCAGCUGCACACCUGCCAAGAUAGCGUUGUGUAUCAAAAUGGGCAGGAGGAGACGCUUCCCAUUUCUGCUAGGGAGUCUCAGAGAUUCCUGGCUUGUUUUGUUGUGUAGUUCUUAGCUUGGGUGCAAUGUGAGUGUCAAAAGGUUUUAUUUUGACAUUUUAAACAAGACCAAAUCAGGCCCAAAUUGCCUCUGUAGAAGGUGCUGGGGUCUUUCAGAGUGCCUCUUUCACAUGGAUACAGACGUGGGCAGGGGGCCCCUGAGGUCAUACUGUAAAAGCCACAGCUAACUCGUCUUUUCAAAUAUAUCCCACUAUUUUCGCAGAAA